CAUCAGCAAAGCCGAAGCUGCAGCGUGUCGUGUCCGGGUCUCGAUUAUUUUUUGAAAGUGAGUUGUAUGCUAAUUUGUGGUAAAUGUUGCAUAUUCAAACAUGAAGUUAUUUACUAAUCCUGGAAAUAGUGCAUCUCUUAAAAUUUUAAUAUCAUCAGUAUUUGGAAAAAAUGAAAUUGUCAUCGAAGUCAUUUCUAUAAAUGUCUUCUCAGAUGCCAGUUUCCAGGCGCCAAAGCGACUACCUGUUCUACAAGUGGACGAUGUGAGCAUAUUCUCUUCCAAUGCUGCGGCACAAUUAUUGUAUCCUCCAAAAGAUAGCACUUUGUCCGCAGUACAAAAGUGGCUUGAUUGGGAAGCAGUAUCAUUACAACCUGCUCUUGUGAAGAGCUCAAAAAUCGAAAACUGCUCGAUUGUCGGUGAACUUGUAGGUAAACUCAACUCAACACUAGCAAAACAGCAGCAUCUAAUCAAGGACAUUUUGACGGUCUCUGAUAUAGUUGUGUGGAGUACGCUCUUCCCAAUAUUCUCCGAUGAUCAAUUGGAACCGAUCUUUAGCGCAAAAUACGAGAGCGUAGCAAAAUGGUUCAAGAAUUUAGCGAAUCUACCUGAGUUCGAGAGCGGUGUGGAGAAAUUUGCAAAUGCUGGUGGCGUUUCGUGCAUUCAAAGUGUUGGCGCUGCCGGUUACUUCCCAGCCGUUAGUACUGUGACAACUGCUUCUGAAUCAUCUAAAAAGACAAAACCACAUAAAGAUCCACUUCCAUCGGAAUCUUCUGAAAGUUCAGAUGCAUUACCCAAGGAGCCUCCUAUUACUGAUGCUGAGCUUCAAUCAGCUCAAAAAGCUUGGAAGAGUGGGCCAACGGCCACGCCCAAGCCUACUGUCACACCAGUAUUACCUGUAGCAGGGGAGCGUAAUGUCCUCAUCACUUCGGCACUACCGUAUGUUAAUAACGUGCCACAUCUUGGCAAUAUAAUUGGUUGUGUUCUAUCAGCAGAUGUGUUUGCCAGGUAUUCACGUUUGAAGAACUGGAAUACUCUGUUUGUUUGUGGCACUGAUGAAUAUGGAACCGCCACUGAAACAAAGGCUAUAGAAGAAGGAUUGACUCCGGAACAAAUAUGUAACAAGUAUUUUGAAAUACACAAAGAAAUCUAUUCUUGGUUCAAUAUUCAAUUCGAUAAAUUUGGUCGAACCACGACCAAGGAGCAAACUGAAGUUGUUCAUGAGAUGUUCAGAAGCGUUCAUUCCAAUGGAUUUACAUCCAUAUCAGCGAUGGAACAGCUUCUCUGAAAAUGCGAUAAGUACUUAGCAGAUAGAUUCGUUGAGGGCACUUGCCCCAAGUGCAGCUAUGAAGAUGCAAGAGGUGAUCAGUGUGAUGGAUGCGGCAAUCUAAUAAAUGCAGUUGAACUUAUCAACCCCCGGUGCAAGCUAUGCCAAACCAGGCCUGUCGUCAGACUAUCAGAUCAGCUGUUCCUCGAACUUCCUAAGGUUGAGAAGCAAGUAGAACAGUGGGUAGAAUCUACUAGUGACGGCUGGUCUAAUAACGCCAAAGUGAUAAGUAAGGCGUGGCUGAAGGAUGGCUUGAAACCCCGAUGUAUUACUCGAGAUCUCAAGUGGGGAAUUCCUGUGCCUCUACCUGGAUUUGAAAAGAAGGUAUUCUAUGUGUGGUUCGACGCUCCCAUAGGCUAUUUGAGCAUCACUAAAACCUACACAGACAAGUGGAGGAGUUGGUGGGAGAAAGACAAGUCAGGAAAAGUGAAGGUCAGUCUGUAUCAGUUCAUGGCUAAGGACAACGUUCCAUUCCACAGCAUCAUGUUCCCGUCCACUUUGUUUGCAGCUGGCGGCCAUUUUAAUCUCGUCAAUCACCUGAUGGCUACUGAGUAUCUGAACUAUGAGGAUGGCAAAUUUUCCAAAUCGAGAGGUGUUGGUGUUUUUGGAACUGAUGCGAAAGAAACUGGAAUUCCCAGCGACAUCUUCAGGUUCUACUUGCUGUACGUGAGGCCUGAAGGUCAGGACUCCUCUUUCAGCUGGCAUGAUCUGGUUACCAAAAAUAACUCUGAACUCCUCAACAACCUUGGCAACUUCAUCAAUAGAGCGUUGAUGUUUGUGGAAAAGUUUUUCGAUUACUUGAUUCCGGAAAUAAACCUCAAUGAAGAUGAUUUCACGUAUGUAGUUUACAUAAACAGAUUGCUCUCGGAGUAUUCAUCGGCCUUAGAAAACGGAAGACUUCGGUUUGGUCUAAGACACAUUCUAGGCAUAUCCCGAUAUGGCAAUCUGUACUUCCAAACCAAUCAACCAUGGGCUUUGAUGAAAGGAUCACCAGAAGAUAAGAAGAGGGCUGGCUCAAUAAUUUUAUUCAAUAAAUGUUCGAAUGCCUUUCAAAGGUUUGAAAUAAUGUUAGAACUGUUAUUGCAGCCAGCUCCACUAUUCACCAAAAUAGAGCCAUCGACAGUGGACGAGUUGAAGAAGCGAUUUGCAGGGAAGCAGCAGCCUGUGGCCAAUGCGGGGCCAAUUGGCGCCACCAAUAAGAAGAAACAGGCCAGCGCACCAUCACCAUCAUCAUCAUCACCAACUUCAGCUGCUAUCAAGGCAAUGGAAGAAGCUGUAGCUAAACAGGGAAAUCUUGUGAGGGAAAUGAAAGGCAGUGGCUCUCCGAAAAGUGAAUGGCAGUCUCAGGUGACCGUUUUGCUUGACUUGAAAAAGCAGCUGGCGGAACUACAGAUGAAUACGCCAGUUGCCAACAGUGAAUCGGCAACUAUGGAUGUUGAAACACUAAAGAAAAAGGUUGCUGAACAGGGAGACUUGGUAAGGAAGAUAAAAUCGAGUGGUGUUCCAAAGAGUGAAUGGCAACCACACGUUGACGUGCUUUUGAGCUUGAAAAAGCAGUUAGCUGAGGCAGAAAAGCAAUCUCCAUCCAGCAACAGCAGUGUUGCAGACCCGAAACAGGCCAUCAAAGAUAUUGAAGAAAAAAUCGCCAAACAGGGCGAUUUAGUGCGAAAAAUGAAAGGUAGUGGCGUAGCCCGCUCAGAAUGGCAACCACAAGUCGACGUUCUGCUUGAUCUGAAAAAACAACUUGUUGCUGCCCAAAAAAGUUGAUGAUGAAUAAAGAUUAUUAAGAAAAAA